UGGUCUUGAACUGCCGGGCACAAGUGAUCCUCCUGCCUCAGACUCCUAAAGUGCUGGGAUUGCAGGUGUGAGCCCCGGCACCCGGUUGAGAACACAUUUUUGUAGCUGAGGUCAUCCUUAGGUCAUGAAGAUGAGGACCUCUUAGAUCCUUUUUAGAGAAGGAUGGAGCCCAGCAUGGAGGCAGCUCAGAGUAGGACUCAGUAGGACUCAGCUGGUGCUGAGUGCGCAGACAAGCAUCUUCACGCACGUGAAAUCGGGAUAAGGCAGCUGUGGGAGAGAAUCAUCAGCUGCAGGCCAGGCGCGGUGGCUCAUGCCUAUAAUCCCAGCACUUUGGGAGGCCAAGGCGGGCGCAUUGCUAGAGCUCAGGAUUUCAAGACCAGCCUGGCCAACAUGGUGAAAUCCCGUCUCCACAAAAAAUACAAAAAUUAGCUGGGCAUGGUGGUGGAUGCCUGUAGUCCCAGCUACUCGGGAGGCUGAAGUGGGAGGAUUGCUUGAGCCUGGGAGUUUGAGGCUGCAGUGAGCUAUGAUCACACCACUGCACUCCAGCCUGGGUGACAGAACCAGACCCUAUCUCAAAUAUGUAUAUGUGUCAGCUGUAUUCUAAGUGUUUGUCGUGGCUUUGUUUUGUUUUGAAGGGUAUGUUUUCAGAAGGACUCAUGCAUGGACAGGGGACUUAUAUUUGGGCCGAUGGAUUAAAAUAUGAGGUGAGGCAUAUAACCAGUUAUAGUUCUAAGCUGUGAGUAUUGGAUGGAACAAUCAGUUUCCCACAAUUGAACAGACUGUUUUCGUAGAUGUCAUUCAGCAUAUGGGUUAAGAAAAAUUUGCAGAACCAGAGGAUCUAGUAACUCAUGACUGCAUGGGACCCGCCAUUAAUUGUUAUUGGUUUCAUCUGUGUGUUCUAGAGGUAUUCUAUGUGUUCUAAGCACAGAGAGCACACGUACAUGUAUGUAGCUUGUCCUACUUUUUUCUUUGAGACAGGGUCUUGCUCUGUUGCCCAGGCUGGAGUAUAGUGGUGCGAUCAUAACACUGCAGCCUGGAACUUCUGUAGCCUGUCUUGCUUUUUACAAACACACAUAGUUUAUUAUACACUCUCUUUGGCAUAUUUACUUAGUUAGUUAGUGAGUCUGAGAUGGGGUCUUGCUCUGUCACCCAGGCUGCAGUGCAGUGGUGAGAUCAUGACUCACUGCAGCCUCGAACUCCUAGGCUCAAGCGAUCCUGUUGGCUCAGCCUGCUGAGUAGCUGUGACUACAGGUGUGCUCCACAGCGCGCAGCUAAUUUAUUUUUACUUUUCUUUUAUUUUGUAGAGACAGGGUUUGCCGUGUUGCCCAGGCUGGUCUCGAACUCCUAGGCUUAAGCGAUCCUCCCACUUUGGCCUCCCAAAGUGCUGGGGAUUACAGGCGUGAGCCACCACACCUGGCCUGUACCUUUAAGUUUGAGAUCAAACCAUAUCCAUUCAUGCAGAUCUGUUUUUAGUGGCUGCAUGUAUUCCAUUAUGUGGCUUUUAUUUAACCUGUCUUGUGGGGUUGAGGGGAAUGUGUAUUUUUAAACUGAUUGCAAGGACCAAAUUGUUCGCCAAGAGAUUGUACCAGGCUCAAUUCCCACCCACAAAGUGAGUGAGCGCCUGAAAUGCUAUUCUAAAAAUCCCAAAUGCAGAGUUGCUAACAGAUGGUGUUUAUAAAUGGUAAUGAUGACAUUUAAAACACAUGCGCAUAAUGCACUUAUUCAAAUACCACGCAGGCAAUGAUAGAAACGGAGUCAAGUUUGGGCCGGGAAGCCACCUGCAGCUGGGCGGUGAGAGGCGUGCUGCAGAGGAGCGGGGAGAGGGAGGGGCUGACCGUCACUGGCGGGGCGAGGAGGAUCUCCAAAUUCCAGGGGAGCCUGAGGAUUGGGCCCCCAUCUUGGGUUCAUGCCAGCUCCCUUCCCACGCGACAUCCCGCCUUCUAGCCGGUGACUGACAUGGCAACUUUGUGAAGAAUGUCCCGAUGAACCACGGCGUGUACACGUGGCCGGACGGCAGCAUGUAUGAAGGCGAAGUGGUCAACGGCAUGAGGAACGGAUUCGGGAUGUUCAAGUGCAGCACCCAGCCUGUGUCCUACAUCGGCCACUGGUGCAAUGGCAAGCGGCACGGGAAGGGCUCCAUUUAUUACAAUCAAGAGGGUACGUGUUGGUACGAGGGAGACUGGGUGCAAAACAUCAAAAAGGGCUGGGGAGUAAGAUGUUAUAAAUCUGGAAAUAUAUACGAAGGCCAGUGGGAAGACAACAUGCGCCACGGGGAGGGGAGGAUGAGGUGGCUGACCACCAACGAAGAGUACACCGGGCGGUGGGAGAGGGGCGUCCAGAAUGGCUUUGGAACACACACGUGGUUUCUAAAGAGAAUCCGCAGUUCCCAGUAUCCUUUGAGAAAUGAAUACAUAGGGGAGUUUGUAAAUGGAUAUCGUCACGGACGUGGCAAGUUUUAUUAUGCCAGUGGAGCCAUGUAUGAUGGAGAAUGGGUUUCCAAUAAGAAACAUGGCAUGUUUUUCUGUCUGCAGGGCCGAUUAACUUUCAAGAACGGGCGUGUGUACGAAGGCGCAUUCUCCAAUGACCACAUAGCUGGGUUUCCAGAUCUUGAAGUUGAAUUCAUCAGCUGCCUGGACCUAUCUUCAGGAGUUGCCCCAAGAUUGUCCAGGAGCGCCGAACUGAUCAGAAAGCUUGAUGGCAGUGAAAGUCAUUCUGUGUUGGGAUCGAGCAUUGAGUUGGAUCUAAAUUUGCUCCUGGACAUGUACCCUGAGACAGUCCAACCUGAAGAAAAGAAGCAGGUGGAAUAUGCCGUCUUAAGAAAUAUUACAGAAUUAAGAAGAAUCUACAGCUUUUACAGCAGCCUGGGAUGCGGCCACUCUCUGGAUAAUACCUUUCCGAUGACAAAGCUUCACUUCUGGAGAUUUCUAAAAGAUUGCAAAUUUCAUCACCACAAACUAACUCUUGCUGAUAUGGACAGGAUAUUAAGUGCCAAUAAUGACAUACCAGUUGAAGAAAUCCAUUCUCCAUUUACAACAAUACUUUUGAGAACAUUUUUGAAUUACCUCCUGCAUUUGGCGUACCACAUUUAUCAUGAAGAAUUCCAAAAGAGAAGCCCAUCCCUCUUCUUGUGUUUUACAAAACUGAUGACCGAGAACAUUCGUCCAAAUGCCUGCCAGAUAAAAGGCAAUUUAUUCUGUGAGCAACAGCGGACGCUCUACUCUAUGAGUUACAUGAAUAAGUGCUGGGAGAUUUAUCUCGCCUACUGCAGACGCAGCGCAGCGCCUCCCCACGAGCCUACGAUGAAGAUGAGACACUUCCUCUGGAUGCUGAAAGACUUUAAAAUGAUAAAUAAAGAAUUAACAGCAGCUACAUUUAUGGAGGUCAUAGCAGAGGAUAAUCCGUUCAUAUAUGAUGGAAUUGACAGCAACUUUGAACCUGAGCUGGUUUUCCUGGAAUUCUUUGAAGCUCUCUUAAGCUUUGCAUUCAUCUGUGUUACUGACCAAAUGACUAAAUCCUAUACAAAUGUUCCAGCUGAUGAUGUGUCUGGAAAUAAACAUGAAACUAUUUAUACAAUACUAAAUCAGGAUGCCCCGAACAAGAGUCUCAGCGCGGUCAUGAGCCACGAAUCGGAUGCUGCUCACUCUGACAGUGCCAGGUCAUCUUCCAGCAAGUUAGAACUCUCGCGUGAUGUUAACAAAAUAAGGAAAUCAGAGCCCAAGAUCAAGAAGUCUGUAAGUGAUGAAAGAGUCUCCAAAAUGAAUUUUAAAUCGACUGGAAAAGGGAUCACCUUUUUCUCAUCUGAGAGCGAGAAGUAUGAGAGACCCAAGGAUGAUCGAAAGGAAGAGUUCAACACGUGGGUCAAUAAUAUGUACGUCUUCUUUGUGAACACGCUCUUUCACGCGUAUAAACGUGAAGAAGCUAUCAAGGAGAAAAUAAGGGCAGACAGGUUACGUAGCACAGCACAGGCCCAGCAGCGGAAGAUGGAAGAUGACGAACUGGAAGCAAGGCUGAAUAUCUUUAUCUUGAGAGAGGAAGAGGAAUAUCUUUAUCUUUAUACCAAGAGACAUGACUAUGAGGUGGACAUCACAGUGAUCAAGGAGCCGGCAGACGUGUCAUCCUCCCAUCUCAUACUGGACCCUCCCAAGGAGGAUGUGACCGUGUCCCCAUCCAGCAAGACCAUCACCAGCAAGAAGAAGAAAAAGUAGAGAGACACGAGGACACACACACAGGCUGAGGACGGCACGUGCUGUAAGAUUUCCUGAGCAUUACAGUUCUUAGCACUGAACUCGUUGCAGUGUUUUAACAUACCCCCUGGCCCACUGCAUCUCAGGUUUCCUACGUGGCUGGAUUACGGGAGUUCGAGACCAGCCUGGGCAAAAUAGUGAGACCCCCAUCUCUGCAAAAUUAAAACAUCAGCCGACCGUG